CGGUGAGAGACUUCAGACUGAAGCCUCUUUCAGUCCACUUCAUUUAGAAUAACCCCGGUCCCUGCGGGCUGUCCGGGUCCCGGUCUCUAACAGGGUUUACUCUCCUCUGGUUCUGGGUGUAGAGACUACCUCUCCGGUAGACUGGCGCUAAUUCAAACCGGAACCCGAAUGCCUGUGAGCUGUGCUGUGAUUGGACGGUGAAACUGCUGCAUGAAACCUGAGACCUGAUUGGACCCGGAGCUGCAGAGUGAGUAUAAAGAGAGCGUGGGGUGGGGGGGGGGCAGUGGAGCAUCAGACCCCUGUCCCAAAGCUGCAGGACAACAUGGCGUCCACCGGGAGGUACGGCCGGACGGCUGUGGACAUCGCCAACGUGAUGCACAAACUGCAGAAUGAGCAGGAGGCAGUGCAGAAGAGAACCUUCACCAAAUGGAUCAACUCUCACUUAGCCAAGUACAAGCCCCCCCUGGAGGUGAACGACUUGUUCGAGGACAUCAAAGAUGGGGUGAAGCUGCUGGCUCUGCUGGAGGUUCUGUCCGGACAACGACUGCCCCGUGAGCAGGGCCGUCAGCUGAAGAGGAUCCACUGGGUCUCCAACAUCGGCACAGCGCUGAAGUUCCUGGAAGGCAGGAAGAUCAAACUGGUGAACAUCCACGCCACUGACAUCGCAGACGGACGCCCGUCGAUAGUUCUGGGGUUGAUAUGGACCGUCAUCCUCUACUUCCAGAUUGAGGAGCUGACCAGUAACCUGACCUCCCUGCAGUCCCUGUCCACCAGCAACUCGUCAGUGGAGAGCAGUGAGGCCGGCAGCUCCCCCCCCAUGAAGAGGAAGGUGGUCAACCGCUUCCAGGGCAACGCCAAGAAGGCCCUGCUGCGAUGGGUGCAGACCACCGCGGCCCAGUACCACGGUAUCGAGGUGAGGGACUUCGGGCCCAGCUGGAGGGACGGAGUGGCCUUCCAGUCCGUGGUCCACGCCAUCAGGCCGGACUUGGUGGACAUGGAGGAGGUGAGGAGGAGGAGCAACAGGGAGAACCUGGAGGAGGCCUUCUCUCUGGCAGAAAACGAGCUGGGCAUCCCCCGCCUGCUGGACCCCGAAGAUGUGGACGUGGAUAAGCCGGAUGAGAAGUCCAUCAUGACGUACGUGGCUCAGUUCCUCAAACAUUACCCCAACCCCCACCACUCCGAGGCCGACGGGCAGCAGGAUGAGCUGCUUCUGGGCUCUAUCCCCACCUUCGGUCUGUCAGUGCCAGUGCUGCAGUUUGGUCCUGGAGAUAUAGAGCAAAUGCUCGAGCGAGAGGAGCGCAAGAUGCUCCGAGAGCUGAAGGUGUUCCUGGAUCAGCUGGAGAGAGAGGUGCUGCGAGCGCAGGGCACCGAGGGGAACCUCACCGACAAAUACCAGGAGUUCAAGAGCUUCAGGGUGCAAUUUGAGAUGAAGAAGAAGCAGAGCGAGCCGCUGCUGCAGCCGGUCAACCGGGACGGGAAGCUGUCCGUGGACCAGGCUCUGGUGAAGCAGGCCUGGGAGAGGGUCUCUGCUCGGCUGCUGGAGUGGCACCUGCACCUGGAUAAGUCCCUGCCGGGGCCCCUGGGGGGGAUCGGGGCCUGGCUGCACCGGGCGGAGACGGCCCUCAGAGAGGACGUCCCCCUGCAGCACCAACCAGAACAGACCGCCAACGUCCUGCACCGCAAGCUGGAGCAGAACAAGGAGGUGCUGAAGAACCUGGAGGCCCACAGACAGCCCUUCCUGCAGAUCCACAGAGACCGAGCGGUCAACGGAGUCCCCGUCCCCCCCGAGCAGCUGCAAGACAUGGCAGAGCGGUUUAACUUCGUGUCCACGUCCUCUCAUGGUCACCUGAUCCGGCUGGAGUUCUGGGAGAGGAAGUUCCGUCUGAUGGCGUUCCUGAUGCUCGCCGAGAGCAAGCUGAAGUCCUGGAUCAUUAAAUACGGCCGGCGCGACUCCGUGGAGCAGCUGCUGCAGACCUACCUGACGUUUGUGGAAGGCCAGCGCUUCUUCGAGCAGUACGAGAUGAUCUACUCGGACCUGAAGCACGCUGCGGAGGUCUACAUGAAGUCCGACAGCUCAGUGGACGAGGCGGAGGGUGUCAGUAAGCUGCUGGCGGACGCCUCCUCUCAGUGGAGGAACCUGGCUCUGGAGGUGCGCAGUGUGAGGAGCAUGCUGGAGGAGGUGCUCUGUAACUGGGAGAAGUACGGCGGCACCGUGGCCUCCCUGCAGGCCUGGCUGGAGGACGCCGAGAGCAUGCUGAACCAGAGCGAGGCCGGCAAGCGCGACUUCUUCCGGAACCUGUCCCACUGGAUGCAGCAGCACACGGACAUGAACGACGCCGGGAACUUCCUGAUCGAGACGUGUGACGACUCCGUGUCCCGGGACCUGAAGCAGCAGCUGCUCCUGCUCAACGGGAGGUGGAGGGAGCUCUUCGUCAAGGUCAAGCACUAUGCCCGGGCGGACGAGGUGGAUAAGCUGCGGCAGGACUACCAGGACGGGAUCCACACCCUGAAGAUGUUCAUGGACGCCACCAACCAGAAAAUGACGGCGGCGGUGCAGGUCUCCUUCCUCAACGUCCGAGCCUUUGUGCAGGACAUGGAGGAGGUGAAGCAGAAGGUCCCGGCCAUGGAGGCGGCCUGUAAGGCAGCGAGCCGCACCGCCCAGCUGCUGAGCAAAGACACGCCGCAGGACGAGGUGGUCGCCAUGACGGAGGUGAUGGGGUCGGUCCGUGAGCAGCUCGCCAAGGUGAGGGAGCGGUCUCUGCCCCUGCUGAGGGAGUCCCAGUCUCUGCUGCCCCCCCUGGAAGAGAUGGAGAGGAACAUCACAGGGUUCUACCAGGCUCUGGAGAAGGCCAGCCACAUCACCGGGACCCCCAGCCCCGAGGAGCACGGGGACUUCAAAGUCAAGUGCCAGGAGCUGGUGACGUUCACUCACAGCUGUAAGAAGUGUCUGACCAACAUCGAGAGGAACCACCAGAACAUCCAGAAGAUCCUGAGCAGCAGCAGCACCCUGCAGCACCUGGACCUGGGCCUGCUGCAGAAGAGAGUGGCCGACCUGCAGGCCUCCUCCCAGGCCAUGAUCAAGGAGUCCACAGAGUGGAGGAAGCACGUGGAGGCCAACAGCUGUCUGAUGAAGAGGUUUGACGAGUCCCGCAUCGAGCUGGAGAAAGUCCUGAAGACGGCUCAGAGCUGUCUGACGGAGAGAGGAGACCCAGAGGAGCUGCUGAAGAAACACACGGAGGUCCUGGGUCAGCUGGACCAGCGGGUCCUGAACUCGUUCCUGAAGGCCUGUGAUGAACUGACGGACAUUCUGCCGCCGCAGGAGCAGCAGGCGCUGCAGGAGACGGUGCGCCGGCUGCACAAACACUGGAAGGACAUCCAGAUGGAGGCACCGCUGCACCUGCUGCGUCUGAAGGUGGAGGCGGAGAAGAGCCGGCUGCAGGUUCUGCUGCAGGAGGGUCAGGCCGAGCUGAUCCGGGAGAACCGGCAUCUGGCCAGCAUGGGCAGCGAGAGGCUGGUCCGAGAGCACCGGGCGUUCUUCCGGGAGCAGCGCCCCCUGUCUGUGUGUGAGAAGAGGCUGCAGCUGAUGGAGGAGACCUGUCUGAAGCUCCCUGAAGGAGACGCUGCUCUGCAGACGCUUGAAGCAGCCAGGAAGGACUUCUCUGAGCUGCAGGAGGAAAUCCAGGACACGCACCAGAAGCUGCUGCAGCACCAGGACAAGUGGAAGGACUACAGCGCCAGGUACGCGGAGCUGUCCUGCUGGCUGAUCUCUAAAGAGAGUCAGCUGAGGCUGCUGAGGAACAGAGCCAGCGACCCCAAGAAGUAUGGACAGGUCAAGACCUCCAUCACGGAGCUGAGGACGGAGGCGGAGCUGCAGGAGGGGAACGUGUCGUGGCUGAAGGUUCGGAUGUCGACUCUGUUGGAGGUCUGUGCGGACGGAGACGCUGAGAGGAACGGAGGAGCUCUGAACAAACUCUGCUCUGACUUUAAAGCCCUGCUGGCCUCUCUGCUGGAGGCGGAGAAGAUGCUGCUGGCUGUGGGAGACUGUGUUCAGUUCAGAGAGGAGGUCCAGACCACGUUGGAGGACCUGGUUCAGGGUCAGAGAGAAGCUCAGAGCGAGGUCUCCAAGAUCCUGGACUGUCCCACCGUGAGGGAGGCCCAACAGCUGCUGCUCAGCCACCAGCAGCUGCUGAAGCGUCUGAAGCUGAAGAGGAAGGAGGUGCAGCAGCUGAUCUGCAGAGGACAGACCCUGCAGGCCGAGGAGGGCGUGGGGGGGGCGCUACAGCAAGACCUGCAGACCCUUGAGACCACGCUCAGCAAGAUGGAGCAGAGCACCGACUCCCAGGAGCAGAGCCUGGAGGUGACCCUGGCAGCCUGGCAGGAGUUCCACAGCCAGCAGGAGGCGGUGCAGGAGUUCCUGCAGAAAGCCCGAUCCUCCAUGGACCGGGACCAGAACUUUAGCAGCCCGGAGAGCCUGGCUGCAGAACUGGACCAGGCUAAGGUCCUGCUGAAGCAGGGCGCGGCUGAGGCCUCUCACAUGAACACUCUGCUGAAGAGGGCCAAAGAGAUCCAGCUGGGUCCCAACAACAGGAACCUGCUGUCGGACCAGGCCCGGUCCCUCAGUGAGGAGGUGGACCGCGUGGAGGCCGGACUCAAGAAGGAUGUGCAGACCCUGGAGCAGAUGAAGACCCUCUGGAUGAACUUCUCUCAGGACUUUGAGUCUUUCUCUCUCUGGAUCUCUGAGAAGGAGAAGCAGCUGGAGCUCCUGAAGUCCUCUCUGCCUCUGGAGGAGCAGAUCAGCACCGUGAAGGCUGUGUCUGCGGAGCUGCAGGACCGGGCCGGGGUCUCCUCUCAGCUGGAGGGGGGCUCCCAGGCUCUGUCUCAGUUUGUCUCCUUGGGGGAGGGGGCCCGCAUCAAGGCCCGCCUCACCCAGAUCGGGCGGUACUGGGAGGAGCUGCAGGAGAGCGUGCAGCAGCAGGAGGCGCAGCUGCAGGAGAGCGCCACCAACCUGCAGAGGUUCUCCUGCAGCCUGCAGCAGGUGGAAGCCUCUCUCAGCAAUCUGCAGACCCAGCUGCAGCUCCCUCUGAUCUGCUCCUCCUCCUCAGAGACCUACAGGGCUCUGCAGGACCACAUGGAGGUGUGUCAGCAGCAGGAGGCGCUGCGGGGGGGGGUCCUCUCCCUGCAGGCUGCAGCUCGGAGGCUCAGUGAGCGUCAGGCUGCAGAGAGGAGUGUCACGGAGCUGAACAUCAGAUAUGAGGAGACCCUGCAGGAGGCUAAAGACCAGCAGUGCGCUCUGGAGAGGCUGCUGGCGCUCUGGCAGAAGUUUGAGAAGCAGUGCUCUCACGUGGUCUCCUGUCUGGAGAGAAGUGAGUCUGCGUCUGAACCUGAGAGUCAGCUGCUGUCAGCAGAUAAAUCCAAGCUGCGCUCAGAGAUCCAGGACCUGCAGGCGCUGCGGGGGGAGCUGCCCUCCCUGCAGACCUCCCUCUCGGAGCUGCAGGGUCUGGGUUUGUCUCUGAGUCCAUCGGCCUCAGAGGAGAGGGAGCAGCAGCUGCAGGAGGAGCUGAGGGCUCUGCAGAGGAGGCUGCAGGAGCAGAGAGAGGCCCUGCCACAGAGAGAGUCGUCUCUCCAGGCUCACCUCUCUCUGCUGGAUCAGUUCGACCAGGAUCUGCUCAGCUUCUCCUCCAGGAGCGAGACACUGCUGUCCAUCCUGCACUCUGCCCCCCCCAUCCACCCCAGAGACCUGCAGCCCGCCCACACACACUGCAAGGAGAGCCAUGCUGCGCUGCAGCAGCAGCGGGGGGUAAUGCAGCGCCUGCAGCAGCAGCUGGAGCAGCUGUGUCUACGGUGUGAGGGUGGGGAGGCGCAGCUCCUGCGCAGCCGAACAGAGGGGGCUCUGCAGCCCCUUCUGGAGGCCCUGCAGGUCUCUGAGCUGCAGACGGAGAGCCUGCAGCGCCUGCAGAGCUUCCUGCAGAGCCACGGCGAGGCAGGGGGGGUCCUGCGGGGCCUGAAGCAGACCGUGGAGGGGGCCGGGAGCUGGGACCGGGGCCGGGUGGAGGAGCUGCAGCAGGAGCUGGCCUCCAUUGGCCCAGAGAUCCUGCAGCUGGAGACCCUGGCCCUGAACCUGGACAGCAUCCUAUGCAAGAGCCACCUGCACCUGGGGGCCGAGGGGGGGGCACGGCUGUCCUGCCGUGUGCUGACCGACGUCCUGAACUCUGAGCUGGACUCUGUGAGGAGCCUCCUGGGGGCCAAGCAGAGUGAGGCGGAGGCCCUGGGCUCCCUGUGGAGCUCCUUCAGGCAGCGCAAGGAGCAGCUGCUGCAGGCUGUUGAGGAGCUGGAGGAGCAGGCGGAGCAGAGCAGCUGCAGGGAGCCCAGCCUGCACAGCCUCCAGAGCAGGCUGCGCUUCUUCUCUCAGCUGGAGGACGAGCUGCAGUCUCACCUCCACGAGCAUCAGUGGCUGCAGGACCGGGGGGGUCAGCUGGCCCUCAGAGACCAGGAAAUGGGAGGGGAGGUGCUGAGGGAGAUCAGCCUCCUGCAGAACACUUGGGAGGAGACCAGGAGGUUCAUCACUGAGAGACAGGAGCAGUGUGCUGAGCUGGUGGAGCUGAUGAAGGAGUACCAGGCUCUGAAGACAUCUCUCUGCACUGUCUCUGAAAGCAGCGAGACUCUGAUGGACAUCCGCUCCGUCCUCAGAAACCACGAGGAGACCCGCAGAGCGCUCACCAAGCACGAGGCUCUGAAGGUGGAGAUGUGCAGCCGGCAGCAUGAGGUGGAACAGUUCUCCAGCCGAGGGAAGCAGCUGGUGAUGGAGCUGAAGAAGAUCCCUGAGUGUAACGCAGAGAGCAUGAAGAAGGACAUGGAGGCGCUGGUGGACCACUGGCUGGAUGUGUCAGAGAAGCUGGACUAUAACCUCCUCCAGCUGAACCAGAGUCUCUCUCUGUGGGAGGAGGUGAGGAAGAUCGGGGAGGAGGUGGAGGGCUGGACCAAUGGAACGGUGAUGGAGCUCAACGAGAGUCUGAACAACCUGAACCACAGCCGGGGGGUGGAGGAGCGCCUCGCUGCGCUGAAGGUGGAGCUGGGGGAGAAGGAGCAGAGGGUGGAGACUCUGCAGAGCAAAGUGUGCGAGCUGAGGAGGUGCAGCCAGAUUGAGGAGACCCCUGCCAAACUGCAGGUGCUGGAGACAGACCUGCGUCAGAAGCUCAGCAGCGUGCAGAAGCUGCAGGACCAGGCCUCAGCUAACCUGCAGGACUUCCUGUCCCAGAGGAAGCAGCUGCAGGACUACAUUACCCAGAUGUCCCUGUGGCUGAAGAGCAUCGAAGACUCUCUGGUAUGUCCCCCCAGCGGGUCGGACCCCGAGGACAUCUGCAGGGUGAAGGAGGUGCAGAAGGAACUGCAGAGCCAGCAGGGCAGCCUGGACUCCACCAGGGAGGCGCUGAACUCCCUCUGCAGGAGGUUCCCCUCCCAGGAGCUGGCUGCUCUGGGAUCAGCGCUCACCGACCUCAUCAAGAGCUACGAGAGCGUCACCCAGCUGAGCGCCCGCAGCCUGGGGGGGCUGCAGGGCCGGCUGCAGACACGCUUCACCGACCUGGUGCAGGAUUUCCACCGCUGGCUUUCGGAGCAGAGGGAGAUCGUGAAGGAGUGCUCGGACCGGUCUGGAGACACUGCCAUCGUGGAGCGCAAGCUGCAGAAACUCAAGGGCGCCAUGGAGCGCGUGGAGGAGGGCGAGGAGCGCCUCACGGCGGUGUGUGAGGAGGGGGAGCAGCUGCUCCUGCACCUCCCUAAGUGCAGCGCGGGACAGGUGCAGCAGCAGCUCUCCUCCAUGCAGCAGGACUGGGACGGCUUUGUGGAAACGUGCCGGCAGAACCAGCAGAUCCUGGAGGACAGCCACUCGCUGCUGCACGGGUUCGAGGCCCGUCUGAAGAAGCUGCGUUGGUGGCUGGAGCUGAUGGAGCAGAGGAUGAGCUCCGACCUGAUGGAGGCCACGCAGAGGGGCCCGGGGAAAGCAGCGCUGCAGCAGGUGGAGGAGUACCAGCAGGAGGUGCUCAAGGAGAGGGACUCUUUUGAGCGUCUGUGUCAGGAGGCGCAGUCCCUGAACGAGGGGGGGCGGGGGGACGGCAGUGAGACCCGGCUGUCUGCGCAGCUGCAGUCGCAGCAGCAGGCGCUGCUCCGCAGGGCGAAGGAGAAGCUGCGCUGCUGCCAGCUGUCCCUGCAGGAGACGGCGGGGUACCAGGAGGCGCUGCAGAGCACCCGGCUGUGGCUGGGCGGGGUCACGGAGCGCCUCCACAGCCUGCACUGCACCUCCGGCAGCAAGGAUGCGCUGGAGGGCCGGCUGGCCGCCGUACAGGACAUCCUGCUGAUGAAGGGGGAGGGGGAGGUGAAGCUGAACAUGACGCUGGGGAAGGGGGAGCAGGUCCUCAAGCACAACCGGGGGGAGGAGGGGGAGAAGAUCUGCACCCAGCUGCAGAGCCUGAAGGACAGCUGGACCAGCAUGCUGAUGCUGUCCAUCAGCUGCCACAGCCGGCUGGAGCAGACGGCCUCUCAGUGGAGCAGCUUCCUGGAGGCGCGGCUGCAGCUGCAGCAGUGGAUGGAGGGAGUGGAGCAGGAGGUGGGGGGGGCCCUGCCUCAGCAGCCAGGUCUGAAGGAGAAAACGGCGCUGCUGGAGCGGCUGCGGGGGGUGCAGGCCGACGUGGAGGCUCACGCCCCCCCCCUCACCCGCCUGAUGGAGAAGGCCGUGGAGCUGCACGAGAAGACGGGGGACCAGACGUUUGGACCGGAGGCCCAGGCCCAGCUCAGUGCACAGUACAGCGACCUUUGCACCGUCGUCAAGGGGAAGGUGCAGGUGAUGCAGGGCGUGGUCUCGCAGCACCAGCAGUACCUGGACGCCGUCAGGGACUUCAGUGAUUGGCUGCUGUCGGCCCGGGAGGAGCUGCAGCGCUGGAGCGAGCUGAGCGGAGACUCAGCCAGUGUGCACAGGAAGCUCUGCAGGGUCCAGGAGCUGCUGGACAGUAAGCAGCGCGGCAGGGAGCGGCUGAGCCGGGUGCAGCGCUGCGGGGCGGUGUGCAGAGACCACACAGGGGCGGGGGGGUACGAGGCUCUGGAGCGGGAGGAGGCGGGGCUGCUGUCCGGCUGGGAACAGUGGGAGCGUGGCGCCCUGCAGACCCGCGCCUCCCUGGAGACGGCGCUGUCGCAGGUCAGCAGCUCGGAGCAGGAGUUCAGCAGCCUGUCUGCACAGCUGGAGCUGCAGCUGCACGACUUCAGCCGGCUGCUCAAAGACUGCCGGCUGCGCCUCAGCCAGGCCGAGAGGCUUACGAAGGGGGAGGAGGCGGUGAAGGGCUGGAUCCUCGCUAAGGAGGUCGUGGAGGAGCUGCAGCGGGCGGAGCCGGCGUCGGAGCGUCUGAAGACUCAGCUGAACGACCUGUGCAGAUUCAGCAGAGACGUAGGGACGCAGUCAGAGAGGGUGUCUGCUCUCAUCAAGGAGUACAACAGUGUGAGUCUGCAUGCAGGCCGGGACUGUCAGAGCAAACUGAAGCUCCUGGAUCAGGGCUUCCGCUCGGCCUGCAGAGACUUCCAGCUGUGGUUGGUCAACGCCAAGAUCAACACGGCCAAGAGCUUUGAUGUCCCUCAGAGCCUCAGCGAGGCGUCAGGCAGCCUGCAGAAGAUCCAGGAAUUCCUGAGUCAGCGGGAUGCGGGGCAGCUGCAGCUGGGGGCCGUGCAGCGCAGCGGGGAGCUCCUGUGCAGCGCCACCGAGAAGGAGAGGGGGGAGGCGGUCCGCGGGAAGAUGAGCUCAUUCAGAGAGGACUGGAAGAACCUGAUGAGCAGCCUGCACCUCCGGGAGACCAGCCUGCAGACGGUUUUGUCUCAGAUGAGGGACUUCGAGGCGAGUGCGGAGCCUCUGCAGGAGAGCCUGAAAGCCACUGAGCUGUCGGUGCAUCAGAGCUGCAGCCGGCUGCACGACCUCAGCGCCAAGAAGCAGGAGCUGCACAAACUGCAGGAGAAGGCGUCCCGUAUCGAGCGGAUCUCCACGGAGCACCAGCUGUUCUCUGUGGGUCUGAAGGAGCUGCAGGACUGGGUCUCUGACACCAGCCACAUGCUGCACACCUACUGCACCCCCACUGCAGACAAACAGGUGCUGGACAGCCGGAUGAUCAAGCUGGAGGCGCUGCUGAGCGCUCGUCAGGAGAAGGAGAUCCAGCUAAAAAUGCUGAUCACUCGGGGGGAGUCUGUGCAGAGGAACACCUCAGCGGAGGGGGUUCCCGUCCUGCAGGAGAACCUCCAGGAGCUGAAGGAGUCCUGGGACCACCUGCUGUCCGCCUCCAUCCACUGCAAGAGCCAGCUGGAGGGCUCCCUGUCCCAGUGGACCAGCUACCAGGAGGACAUGCAGCAGUUUGUGGGCUGGGUGGAGCGGGUGGAGGAGAGUCUGGACCCUGCAGACAAACUGUGUCCAGAGAUGAGAGACAAAACGGCCAACCUGAGCAAAGCAAAGCUGCUGCACGAGGAGGUGCUGAGCCACAGCGCUCUGCUGGACACCAUCUCUGCGAAGAGUGGAAACAUAUCAGAGAACUACGUGAACCAGCUGGAGUUGCAGGAUCUGCAGGAGCGCUACGACUCCGUCAGGGACAGCGCCAGGAGUGCGGUGUGCAGAGUGGAGGAGCUGGUGGAGGCCCACCUUGAGUACCAGCGGGGCCUACAGAGCUUUGAGGAUUGGCUGGAAGAGGAGCAGGAGAAGCUGGGCUGCUACACCCAGCUGGAGGGAGACGUGGAGAUCCUGGAGGACACUCUGCAGAGGCUGCAGGAGCUGCAGCUGUGCUGCACGGAGGGCCAGGCUCUGCUCAACACGCUGCUGCUCAGCAGGGAGCAGCUGGUCCCCUGGGGGGCCCCUCAGACUGAUGACCGGGUCCUGGAGACACUGCAGCAGCAGUGGGGGGGGUACCAGGCCCGGCUGGCUGACACGCGCUCCCAGCUGAACAGCGCGCUGGCCAAACUGCGGCAGAUGGAGCAGAAGUUCCAGAGGCUGGACAGCUGGCUGAGGAGCAUGGAGGCCAAGGCCCAGAUCAGGACCAACCGCCGGGCCGAGAGGGACACCAAGGAGGCCCAGCUGCUCCUCGUCAAGGGCUGGCAGGAGGAGGUGCUGGUGUACCAGGAGGAGAUGGAGGGCCUCACUCUGCUGGCUCAGCAGGUUCUGGAUGAGACCCACAUCAGCAGUCGGAUCAGCUCCAGAGCAACCCAGAUUACAGCGCGGUACCACGAGCUCCUGCUGCACCUCCUGGAGCUGAUCAAGCAGCUGCAGGAGGAGGUGCUGUGCAUGGAGGAGGCUCAGAGCAUCUUCAGCAGUUUCUCAGACUGGCUCAGCACUGCUCAGAACAGCUUCAGCUCCUCUUCUGCUGACACUAAUGUGAAAUCUGCAGGAACUCUGCUCUCAUUACUGCUAUCUUUGGUUAUUAUCUGAAGUCUAAUAUCUUAACCCCCCCAGGCCCUGCAGGCGGACUCGGAGCAGGGCCGGUCUCUGCUGAAGACGCUGCGGGAGAAGACGCAGCGAGCACUGGGCUUCCUGGAGGAGGAGGAGGCGGGGCGACUGCAGCAGGAAGUGGAGGCCCGCCUGCAGCAGCUGGAGGAGCUGACGGAGGCUCUGCGGGCGCAGCACGGCUCCACGGAGAAGUGCAUCGCCCUCUCCAAAGACUUCACCGACAAGUACAAGUCCCAGAACCAGUGGCUGACCGAGACCAGGAGCCUGCUGGCCUCCAGCGUGGAGCCCAAGGCCGAGCUGUACCAGAAGAAGGCCCAGCUGGCCAAGUACAAGACGAUCCUGCAGACGGUGCAGUCUCAUGAGUCUGCUCUGAGGUCGGUUCUGGAGAAAGGAGAGGUGCUGCUGGACUCUGUGCACGACCCGUCAAUCAGAGACAACAUGAUGAGGCUGCAGGAGGACUACCUGCUGCUCUGUGAGGCCGCACAGACUCAGGUGCAGAGCCUGGUGGAGUGUGUGAAGGAGCACGAGGAGUACAACACGGAGCUGCAGGAGGUGGAGAAGUGGCUGCUGCAGAUGUCCAGUAGACUCGUCUCUUGCGACUCCUCCUCUCAGAGCGGAGGCAUGGAAGCCGCCACGCAGCAGCUGGCCCGCCACAAGGCCAUCAUGGAGGAGAUCUCGGGCUUUGAGGAGCGUCUGCGCAGCCUGCAGCAGAAAGGAGAAGGUCUGCUGAGCAGCUGCUCUGAGCAGAUCCAGAGCAAGAUCCUGCAGCAGGUGCAGUCCCACCUGCAGGGAGCCAGAGACAGCUACAGCGCCAUCUGCAGCACCGCGCAGCGCGUGUACCAGAGUCUGGACCGGGAACUGCAGAAACACGUGAGCCACCAGGACACGCUGCAGCAGAGUCAGGCCUGGCUGUGCACGGUGCAGGAGGAGCUGCAGCUGCACCACCACACCCCCGCCGGCCUGCAGGAGGCGCUCAAACAGGUCAAGCAGUACCGGGCGCUGCAGGAGCAGGCCAGCACCUACCUGGAGCUGGUGUGUUCAGAGUGUGAUCUCUCUGAUGACGCAGUAAGGGUCACUGCUGCUCAGGUGCAGCAGCUCAAACUCAUGAUCGAGGACAGGAUGUCCCGUUCUCAGACGCUGUGGGAGGGCUGGAGGGAGAUCAAGGAUCAAAAGCAGGAGCUCGGCGCUCUGUUUGUGGACUCGGAGCAGCAGCUCCUCAGCCUCUCCAGGAGACCUGCGGAGCUGGAGGAGAAGAUCGCCCACAACAUGCUGCAGCAGGCGAAGGAGUGCAGCCAGCAGCUGCAAAGUAAGCAUAUAGUCCUGACCAAGAUGAAGGAGACGGUGAAGAGACUGACGGAGGGACAGGAGACAGUCAGCAGACUGACGGAGGGACAGGAGUCUCCAGAACUCGCAGAACUGGAGCAACUGGGUUUGCGCUGGGUGGAUCUGUGCAGCCAGGCCCAGCAGCUGCAGGUCCAAAGGGAGGAGGACCUGCAGCGGGCCGCAGUGUACCACCUCUGCAUCUCUGCAGUGGAGGCGCUGUUCGAACAGGUCUCCAGAGACUGGGACAACCUGGCCAGGACUGACGCAGAGAGCUCCUCCCAGCACCUGGAGGCCCUGCGGAGGCUGGCUGUGACUCUGGAGGAGCAGAAGGGAACCCUGGAGGACCUGAAGGACCAGAAGCAGAAGGUGGUGCAGCAGCUGAACCUGGAUGACAAGGAGCUGGUGAAGGAGCAGAUCAGCCACUUCGAGCAGCGCUGGGCCCAGAUGAAGAGCCUGAUCCAGAGGAAGAUCCAGGACUCCGUGCUGACCCUGGAGGAAAUGGGCCAGGUGGAGGCCCGGCUGAGGGAGGCCCGGGACUGGGCAGAGGAGCAGCAGCCGGCGCUGUCCGAGGCCAUGAAGAUGAGCCCCCCCCCGGAGCUGGCGCAGAGCUUCCUGUUCGACCACUUGAGCGUCUGCAGCGAGUUGGAGGCCAAGCAGCUGCUGCUGGACCAGGCCACUGCCGACUCAGACCGGGUCCUGGCCCGCCUCGGACUCAGCGAGCGCCAACGCCUCCAGCAGCUGAUCAGCUCCACGCAGGCGGAGGUGGAGAAUCUGAGCGUGAAGGUGGUGCAGCGCAGGAAGCACCUGAGCAAGGCCUUCACAGAGCGGACUCAGUUCCUGAUGGCGGUGGGGCAGUCCAUCUCCUGGGUGCAGCAGAAUGAGAAGAAGGCUCAGGCGGAGGAGCACGUGGCUCUGUUACCUGAAGACCUUUCCAAGCAGGUGCGGACCUGCAGGAACAUCCAGAGCAGCUUGAAGGCCUACCAGAGCGAGCUGACCUCCCUGUGGGCGCAGGGCCGGGACCUGAUGAGGGACGCCAGCGAUGAGGAGCGGAACGAGAUCCUCACCAAGCUGCAGGAGCUGCAGAACAUCUUUGACAAGACACUGCACCGCUGCGGGCAGAAGCUGCAGGAGCUGGAGAAGGUGCUGGUCUCCAGGAAAUACUUCAAGUCUGACUUAGAGAGGAUCUGUGUGUGGAUCAAACAGGCCGACAUCAUCACCUUCCCCGAGAUCAACCUGAUGGUGGGAGACGCCGAGCUGGAGGUGCAGCUGCUGAAGUACCAGCAGAUCGUGGAGCAGGCCAUGGAGUACGAGAACCUCCUGCUGAUCGUGGAGCGGGCUGGGCAGGAGAUCCUCCCCAGCCUCAACGAGCUGGACCACUGCUACCUGGACGAGAAGCUGAACACGCUGCCGCAGCAGUACAACAGCAUUCUAGCGCUCGCCAGGGAGAAGCAGGAGAAGAUCCAGCAGGCCAUCCUCACCCGCAACGAGUACACCUCCUUCAUAGACGUGACCCACAAGGCCCUGCAGGAGCUGGAGGAGCAGUUCAGCAGCCUGGGCCGGCAGCCGGUGGGCCUGCAGACGGAGGAGGUGGUGAGUCUGCAGAGCGACUACAGAUCUCUGCAGGGCGACCUGAGCCGCCUCGGCCUGGCCGUCAGCGAGCUGAACCAGAAGAAAGAGGGCUUCAGGAGCACCGGGCAGCCGUGGCGCCCCGAGGAGAUGACCCAGCUGGUUAGCCUGUACAACGGCCUGAAGAGGCUGGUGGAGCAGAAGGUGGAGCACCUGGACGAGACACUGGAGUCCUUCGAGGACCACAAGGCCAUGGCCCUGCAGGUGGACUCUGAGCUGAAGGCCACCAAGGAGCAGCUGGUCAAGGUGAACGAGGAGACGCAGUCCGCUGAGGAGCGGCUGAAGAACUACCACGCUUUGGCCGGGAGUCUGCAGAGCGCCAACUCUCACCUGUCCCGCCUGAUGGAGCAGAUGGACUCGCUGGCCCCCCGGGUGGAGCAGGCGGCGCAGGACGCCUCCAAGGAGCAGGUGGUGCUGUGGCAGGAGGAGCUGCGAUCCCUGCAGGCAGCGGUGGGAGAUCUGAUCGAGGAGUGUGAGACCCGCUUCGUGCAGAGUAAGGACUUUGAGACGGAAAUGGAGCGGACGCUGGACUGGCUGCAGAGGGUCCGGGACGAGUUGGACUGCGCCGUGAUCGUGGACGUGAGGGUGGAGAAGGUGCAGGAGGAGAUCCGGAAACAGCAGAUCAUGCAGGAGGAGGUGCAGUCCCGGCUCAGGAUCGUGGCGGCUCUCAGCAGCCGGGAGAAGCAGCAAUACAUCAGCGCCAACGAGCUGGUGCCCGGACACGUGGACUCCAGUCUGCAGGAGAUGGCCAAACUGCAGGCCGACGUGCAGAAGGCCCUGAGCUCCAAGCAGAUCACCCUGGAGGAGGCGCUGGGCCUCUGCCAGCAGUACCACUUCCGGAUGCAGGCGGCCUGCGAGUGGCUGGAGGACGCCGUGUCCUUCCUGCAGGAGGCAGGGCUUGGCGUGGACGUGGAAAACUAUGAGGAGUGUAUCCGGCAGCAGGAGGACAUCAUGAACACAGAGCAGGAGUUCCUCCUCCACCUGCAGGAGUUGCAGAGUCUGCUGCCCCCACUGCAGAGCCUUGUCAACCCCACCGCCCGCGAGCAGCUGCACCUCAGCCUGGAGUCCGCCCGGCAGAGGGGGGGCGAGGUCCGGGACCAGCUGCAGUGUCACCAGGACGUCCUGCAGAGCUGUGUGCUUCAGUGGAAGUCGUACCAGGAGGCUCGGCAGACAGUCAUCGAGCUGAUGAACGAGGCGGAGAAGAAACUGACAGAGUUCUCCACCGCCAAGGCAGCGACCAGCGAGGAGGCAGAGGAGAAGCUGUGCAAACACCGGUCACUGGUGUCGCUGGUGAACGGCUUCCAGGAGAAGCUGCGCCUCCUGGAGGAGCAGGCGUCUCAGCUGGAGCUGGUGGGCAGCGACGCCUCCAAAGCCACCAUCAGCCGCUCCAUGACCACCGUGUGGCAGCGCUGGACCCGACUCCGGAGUGUGGCCCGGGGCCGGGAGACGGUGCUGGAGGACACGGCGCAGGACUGGAGGACCUUCAGGGAGAAGAUGCUGAAGGUGCGGGGGGUGUGCGAGGACCUGCAGAACCGGUUCCCUGACUCGGCGGUGGAGAAGGCAUCCAAAGCGUCUCUGCAGGCUCUGCAGGAGCAGCACGAGCUGCUGGUCCAGGACCUGGAGAGGGAGCUGUCCUCCCUCACCCUGCUGCGGCAGUAUGCCCUCAGCCUGCUGCACGACGUGGAGGUGCCCUCCCCCACCACGGAGCAGGAGGAGCUGCCCUCCCUCAAGGAGAUCCGGGCCGUGCAGGAGCACAUGGAGAGCCUGCUGACUCAGUCCCGUCUGAAGCGCUCUCAGGCGGCCCAGGAGCUCAGGGACCGGGAGGAGGUGGAGAAGGAGCUGAGCGUAGUGAAGGCCUGGAUCCAGGAGAGCCGGGAGCUGCUGCUCAACCCCACCCCCGACAUCGAGGCGCUGCUGCAAGAGCUGGAGGUGGUACACGGGGAGGUGAUGUCGUACCGCCACAGUGUGGAGAAGCUGGCGGAGCAGCAGCAGAGUAAAUACCUGGACCUGUACACCAUCCUCCCCUCAGAGAUUUCCAUGCAGCUGGCCGAGGUCUCCCUGGCUCUGGGGGCCAUCGAGGAUCAGGUGCUGUCGAGGGAGAGAGAGAUCCAGAAGACCCGGGAGAUAAAGGAAGACUUCAGCUGCAGGAUCCACGACAUCUCAGAGCGACUGAAAGCUGUUUCUGCUAAACUCAAAGAGAAGUCUCCAGACGUGGAGCACGCCAAGGAGGAGGUGAAGAGUGUGGUGGAGGAGCUGGACUCCUGCGGGCGGUCCCUCUCUGAUCUGGAGUCAGCUGUUCAGGAUUUCGGGCGCAGGAACCCCCUGCUGGCCAAACAGCUGAGCGACAACAUCAGCAAGCUGUCAGAAACCCACCACCAGACGUCCCGACUCGCUGACUGCCGGCACAACUGGAUCAAAAAGGCGGUGUGUUACCUGGACGAGUAUAACGAAAUGCUGGACUUCAUCGUGCGCUGGUCGGAGAAAUCUAGAAGUCUGGUGAGGGCCAACAUCAUCUGGAACUCCUCUGUGCACCUGCAGGAGCAGAUCCGCAUGUACCAGUCGGUACUGCGGGAGUCCCGGGAGCUGCACGGAGACGUGGAAUCCAUGGCGGAGAAGGUGGACCUGCUGUCGGAGGUUCUGCAGGUGGAGGUGCUGAGUCAGCAGGUGUGUGAGCUGAGUCGGCACAGCGAGGAGCUACAGCAGAGCAUGAGGGGCCGGCUGCAGAGCCUGCAGGACGCAGACCAGAGUAUGGAGGCCCUGGAGGAGGAAGUGAAGGCUCUGCAGGCGGCUCUGGAGACAGUGCAGGCCACGCUCACCUCCCCGGAACUGGCAAGACAGAGCCUGAAGGAGCAGCUGGCUCAGAGACAGAGGCUGCUGGCGGACAUGGAGGGCCUGAAGCAGCAGGUGGUCUUGGUGCAGAUGUGUCAGAGUGCUCUGAGGGUCCCUGAGGAGGUGAUGCCCUCCCUGAACAUCUGCCGCACGGCGCUCAGGCUGCAGCAGGAGGCCAGCCAGCUGCAGCACGUCGCCAUCCAGCAGUGCAACAUCCUGCAGGAGGCGGUGGUGCAGUCUGAGCAGUACGAGCAAGAAGUGAGGGACCUGCAGGCGCUGAUAGAGGAAGCCCACCGGGUCAUCCAGGACCGACCCAUCCCCACCAACAACAUCCAGGAGCUGCAGGCCCAGAUCCUGCACCACGAGGAGCUGGCUCAGAAGAUCAAGGGUUACCAGGAGCAGAUCGCCUCUCUGAACUCCAAGAGUAAGAUGCUGGCGGUGAAGGCGAGGCACGCCACCAUGCUGCUGACCGUCAGCGAGGGGGAGGCGGGGGAGGUGGAGGAGAGACCCUCGGCCCAGACUCUGACGAUGACGGCGGGCCGCUGCCACACCCUCCUGUCUCCGGUGAGGGAGGAGUCGGGGGAGGAGGGCACUAACAGCGAUGUGUCCUCCCCCCCGGUCUGCCGCUCCCCCUCUCCCAUCACUGUCGUAGACGCCUCUAUAACGAAGUUGGGGAGGGGGGCCCUCGGCAGAGCCCCGGUCCAGGAGUUAUACGACCCCACUUUUGAGUCGGUGGCUCACCUGGACGACCUGCAGCGCUCCUGGGAGACCCUGAAGAACGUGAUCAGCGAGAAGCAGCGCUCCCUGUACGAGGCUCUGCAGAAGCAGCAGCAGUACCAGGCCUCGCUGCAGAGCAUCUCCUCCUGCAUGGAGGCUCUGGAGGCGCGGCUGAGUGAGCCUCUGCAGGAAGAGCAGAGCGCCCAGAGCCACCAGGAGGAGCACCAGGCGCUGCUGUCAGAGGCCCAGCGGGUGCAGCAGCAGAUCGACACGCUGCAGACCAGCUUCACGGAGGACCUCUCCUCUGACGCGGCGGACUCGGACGUGGCCGAUCAGCUCGCCAUGCAUUCGUCCCUGGCCGUGCUGGCGGAGAGGAUGGCCACCAUCCACAUGAAGGCGUCCGGGAGGCAGCAGAUCCUGGAGGAGCGUCUUAGCGAGCGCCUGGAGGGCGAGCAGCAGGAAGUCGCCGUGCAGCAGCUGCAGCGCCAGGCCGACGAUGUGCAGCUGUGGACCAGCAGCAUGACCAGCAGAGUCACCUCCUUCCUGCAGGAGGAGACCCCUGAGGAGGAGGAGCAGAGGGAGGAGCAGCUGGCUCUCUGUCAGGACAUGCUGCUGGAGAUGGAGCGGGAGGCGCUGGCCCUGUCCGAGCUGAGCCUGCGGAGCGAGGGGCUGCUGCUGGAGGGCCGGGGGGGGGCCCGGGGGGAGGCCGAGGCGCUGGUAGGGAGGGUCCGCAUGCUGAAGGGAGGCCUGCUGGAGCUGCAGAGGAUGCUGCAGGACAGACAGGCCAAUAUCCAGGGCUGUGUGUCGGAGCAGGAGGACAGCAGCUCUGACUCCAGUCUCUCUCAGAGCCCCAGCCUGCAGGACUGGCUGAACCAGAACCGGACCUCCAGGAGCCAGCAGCACCAGGACUCUCUGCAGAGACAGAGGGAUCUGGAGGAGCAGCUGGCCGAGCAGAAGAAGUUACUGCAGUGUGUGGCCAGCAGGGGAGAGGAGAUCCUGACCCAGCAGGCCUCCCCCUGCAGCCCGCUGGAGACGCCCGCCCCCGCACCGCUGCAGGGGGAGGCGGAGGCAUCCCGAACUCAGAUGAGGAAGAGGUGGGAGAGUCUCCGUCUGGAGCUCAGGACCAAACUGCAGCUGCUGCAGGAGACGCUAGAGCAGGAGAGCAUGAAGCCACAGCCGCCGCUGUAUACCCGGGCCUGUCGAGUGUCAGCAGCUGGACCUGUGUUUAGAGGCUCUGAGGAGGACAGGUCCUCCCUGAACUCUCUGUACCACAGCUUCAGACAUACCGUCCAGGACAUCGCCUCUCAGCCGGGUGGAGCAGAGGCCCAGGUGGUGCAGAUGGAGCAACAGCUGUACUCAGCCGUGGCCUCCACCUCCUGCUGGCUGGACCGGGUGGAGAACUCCGUCUUCUCUGGAUCCGUGAUGCUGGCCGAGCAGCCGGACACCCAGCUGCACACACAGCAGACGCUGGAGCAGGAGGUGCAGCAGGUGACGGAGGAGGUUCAGCUGAGCGAGUCCCUGCUGGUCUCUGCUGGUCUGCAGGUGGAGGAGCGCUCCCUGCUGGAGGAGAAUCUCUCCUGUCUGAAGGAGCGCUGCGCUGCUCUGGGUUUCGCUCUGAGCCGGCGCUGCGACACCAUGAGGAGCCGGGCGCAGGAGCUCACCGAAUACCAGACGGAGCUGCAGCUGCUCCAGACCGCUCUGAUCGAGACCAAGUGUCAGAUCCUGCAGGAGCUCUCCGGUGCCAUGGACCGGACCGCCUCCAAACAGCUGGAGGUGAUCUCCGGAGCAGAGGAGAGUCUGAGGGGCUUCGAUCACAGCAUCACGGAGCUGAAGAGCAGAGGAGCGGCGCUGCAUGCCGACCAGAUCUCCACCAACAAGAUACUGAAGCUGCAGGACUCGUUCGAGGAGCUGGUUCUGACGGUGUGCUCGCGGCGCAGUGGGCUGAACCAGAACCUGGCUCUGAGGGACCAGUACGACCGGGCCCUGCAGGACCUCACCGACCUGGUGGACACCGCCAAGGACAAGAUGGCCGCGGACCAGAGGGUCCUGGCUGGCUCUGUGGAAGACGUGCAGAACCACCUGGACAAACACAAGGAGUUCUUCCAGGGCCUGGAGUCCCACAUGGUCCUCACCGAGACCUACUUCAGGAAGGUGCUGCCCCCCCCCCCAGAGAGCCGGGUCCUGGAGGAGACGCUGCAGGAGGCUCGGAGCGUCCUGAAGGAGGCGCACUGCAAGGGGGUGCAGCUGCAGGGGGUCCUGGAGAUGUGGAGCCGGCUGCUGCAGGACUACCAGAGCCUGGUCCAGCACCUGGAGGAAGUGGAGGAGAACAUCCCAGCAGGGGGUCUGGUGGAGGAGACGGAGGAGAGGCUGAGCGACAGGAUCUCUCUGUACCAGGGUCUGGGGUCCCGGCUGUCGGAGCAGCAGCACCGGCUGCAGCAGGUUCUGGAAGAGGGGAGGGUCCUGCUGCAGACGGUCUGCUGCCCCCCCCUAGAGAACCAGCUGUCUCUGCUGGGGGAGCGCUGGAACCUCAACACCAGCAAGCUGAGCAAGGAGCAGCUGAGGCUGGAGAGCGUCCUGCAACACUGGACCCGGUACCAGAGGGAGAGUGCAGAGCUCUCCUCCUGGCUGCGCUCAGCUCUGCAGCGCCUCGACUUCUGGAACACUCAGGCUGUGUCAGUGCCUCAGGAGCUGGAGAGCGUCAGGGACCACCUCUCCGCCUUCCUGGAGUUCUGUAAGGAGGUGGAGGGCCGGUCCGGUCUGAAGAGCUCGGUGCUGCUGGAGGGAAACCAGCUGCUGCGUCUGAAGAAGGUGGACACGGUGCUGCUGAGGGCGGAGCUGGCCCGCACCGACAGGGAGUGGAGCGAGCUGCUCACACACAUCCCCGCGGUGCAGGAGAAGCUGCACCAGAUCCAGAUGGAGAAGCUGGCGUCCCGGCACGCCAUCACGGAGCUGUGCAACUGGAUCUCUCUGAUGGAGGGGGUGAUGGAGGAGAACGAGGAGAACCUGAAGAGCGCAGUGGGGUCUCACGUGAUCCAGGAGUACCUGCACAAACACAAGGGCUUCUGGGUGGACCUGAGCUGUAAGCAGCUGACGGUGGACUUUGUGAACCAGUCGGUUCAGAUCAGCGGUCAGGACGACAGCAAGCGCAGCGACAAGACCGACUUCGCCGAGAGGCUGGGGGCCAUGAACCGGCGCUGGCAGAUCCUGCAGAGCCGCAUCAAUGAGAGGGUCCAGGUCCUCGAGGGGCUGCUGCAGAUGUGGCUGCAGUAUGAGAGCAGCGUCUCGGCUCUGAAGUCCUGGAUGUCUGCGCAGGAGGAGCGGCUGAGGAGGAGGCACCGCAUCGAGGACCUGACGUCAGUGCAGAGCGCUCUGAGAGACUGUGAGGAGAUGGAGCAGCUGGUGAAGGAGAAGGAGAAGGAGCUGCAGCAGGUGGAGGAGCAGGGCUGCGCGCUCGUCCAGAACAAGACGGACGAGGCCUGCGCCAUCGUCAUGGAGACGCUGCAGGGCGUCAACCACACCUGGGCUCACCUGGACCACCUGGUGGGCCAGCUGAAGCUCAGCCUGACCUCGGGGCUGGAUCAGUGGACCCUGUACCGCGACGCUGCAGAGGAGAUCAACGCCCGGCUGAUGGAGGGCCGGUACUCCGUCUCCCGGUUCCGCCUCCUCACCGGGUCGCUGGAGGCCGUGCAGCUGCAGGUGCAGAGCCUUCAGGAUCUGCAGGAGGAGCUGGAGAAGCAGGAGAGCAGUGUGAGGAGGUUUGGAGCGGUGACCCACCAGCUGCUGAAGGAGAGCCACCCCUCGGUGUCCGACUCGCUCCAGAGCACACUGCAGGACGUCAGCGCCAGGUGGACUGGGCUCCUAGAGGAGAUCUCGGAGCGCAGGAGGAGCAGCGAGGCUCUGCUGCAGCUGUGGCAGCGCUACAAGCAUCUGCACGAGGAGAGCUGCAGCAGCAUGCGGCUGCAGGAGGAGCGGGCGCAGCGGCUGCUCAACAGCUGCAGUACGGAGCUCAGCGACGAGGAGGUGAACGCCUGGAUCCAGGAGAGCAGUGAGGUCCUGAGGGCCCAGGCCCCGGUGCUGGCCUCCCUGCAGGUGCUCCAUCAGCUGGGGGAGCAGCUGAAGCAGCAGGUGGAGAACUCAGCUGCCUCCACCCUGCAGUCAGACCACCUGUCACUCAAACACAGACUCUCUGCUGUGGAGACCAGCAUCAGCAGGCAGCUGACCACCCUGCAGACGGGGGUCCAGGACUACGAGCUGUUUAACUCUCAGCUGGACUCUCUGGGGGGCUGGAUCCUGGAGGCUGAGGAGGCUCUGACAGUGCCGGACCCCCCCGGAUCCACGGACCCCCCCCUCAUACAGGACCGCAUGGAGGAGCUGAAGAGGCUGAUGCUGAGGUUCAGCAGCCUGUCCCCGGAGCUGGAGCGGGUCAACGAGCUGGGGUACCGGCUGCCCCUCAACGACUCGGAGAUCAAACGCCUGCAGAACCUGAACCGGAGCUGGACCACCGCCUCGGCCCAGACCACCGAGAGGUUCAGCAAGCUGCAGGCCUUCCUGCUGCAGAAGCAGAGCUUCCUGGAGAAGUGUGAGACCUGGAUGGAGUUCCUGCUGCAGACGGAGGAGAACCUGGCCGUGGAGAUCUCCGGAAACCUGCAGAGCCUGACGGAGCAGCAGAAAGCCCACGAGCUGUUCCAGGCGGAGAUGUUUAGCCGGCAGCAGAUCCUGCACUCCAUCAUCACUGACGGGCAGAGGAUGCUGGAGCAGGGCCAGGUGGACGACAGGGACGAGUUCAACCUGAAGCUGGCCCUGCUGAGCAACCAGUGGCAGGGCGUGGUGCGGCGGGCCCAGCAGCGCCGCGGCAUCAUCGAUGGGCUGCUGCGGCAGUGGCAGCGGUACAGGGAGCAGCUGGAGAAGCUGCGCCGCUGGCUGCAGGAGGUCUCCCAGCCGGGGGCCACGGGGCCCCUGCAGUUGGGGACCACCGUGCCCCUGCAGCAGGCCCGCUCCAUGCUGGAUGCCGUGCAGCUGAAGGAGAAGGUGCUGCAGCGCCAGCAGGGCAGCUACAUCCUGACGGUGGAGGCCGGCCGCCAGCUGCUGCUGUCCGCCGACAGCCGGGCGGAGCUCAGCCUGCAGGCGGAGCUCAGCGACAUCCAGGAGAGGUGGAGGAACACCAGCUCCACCCUGGAGCAGCAGAGGAGGCAGCUCAGCACCCUCAUCAAGGACUGGGACCGGUGUGAGCGGGGGAUCGGAGGCUCUCUGGAGAAACUGCGAGCAUUCAAACGGGAGCUCUCUGCAGCGCUGCCCGAGCACCACGAGGACCUGCAGAGCGAGCAGAUGCGCUGCAAGGAUCUGGAGCAGGCGUUUGCCGGCUGGCCCGGGGACCUGUCCCACCUCACGGUCCUGAAGGAGUCUCUGAGCCGCUUCAUCAGCAGCGAGGACCUGAACGUGCUGCAGGAGAGGAUUGAGCUGCUGCACCGGCAGUGGGACGAGAUCUGCCACCAGCUGUCCCUGCGGCGGCAGCAGGUUGGGGAGAAGCUGAACGAGUGGACGGUGUUCAGCGAGAGGUACAAGGACCUGUGCGAGUGGCUCACCUGCAUGGAGAGCAAGGUGUCUCAGAACGGAGACAUCAGCAUCGAGGAGAUGAUCGAGAAGCUGCGCAAGGACUACCAGCAGGAGAUCAGCGUGGCGGAGGAGAACAAGCAGCAGCUGCAGCUCCUGGGGGAGCGGCUCAGCAGGAACAGCCCGACCUGCAGAGCUGCAGACAUGCAGCAGAAACUCAGCAAGGUCAGCGAGCGCUGGCAGCACCUGCUGGACCUGAUCGGAGCCAGGGUGAAGAAGCUGCGUGAGACCCUUGUGGCGGUGCAGCAGCUGGAUAAGAACAUGAGCUCUCUGCGCUGCUGGCUCGCUCACAUCGAGACGGAGCUCUCCAGACCGCUCGCCUUCGAGAGCUGCGAUGCUGCCGAGAUCCAGAGGAGGCUGGACCUGCAGCAGGAGCUGCAGCGGGACAUUGAAAAGCACAGCACGGGUGUGGCCUCGGUUCUGAACCUGUGCGAGGUUCUGCUGCACGACUGCGAUGCCUGCGCCACCGACGCUGAGUGCGACUCCAUCCAGAGUGCCACCCGCAGCCUGGACCGCCGCUGGAGGAGCAUCUGCGCCCUGUCCAUGGAGAGGAGGCUCCGGAUUGAGGAGACCUGGCGCCUGUGGCAGAAGUUCCUGGAGGACUUCUCCCGGUUCGAGGAGUGGCUCUGCUCCUCGGAGCGGACGGCGGCGCUGCCCAACUCCUCCGGGGUUCUGUAUACCGUCGCCAAGGAGGAGCUGAAGAAGUUUGAGACCUUCCAGAGGCAGGUCCACGAGAGCCUGACCCAGCUGGAGCUGAUCAACAAGCAGUACCGCCGUCUGGCCCGGGAGAACCGCACCGACUCCGCCGGCCUCCUCCGGGAGAAGAGCCAGGGAGCCAACCUGCGCUGGGACGCCCUGCAGAGGAGGGUGGCCUCCAUCCUGCGCCGGCUCAAGCACUUCAUCGGGCAGAGGGAGGACUUUGAGACGGCCAGAGACGCCAUCCUGGUCUGGCUGACGGAGAUGGACCUGCAGCUGACCAACAUCGAGCAUUUCUCCGAGUGUGACAUCCAGGCCAAGAUCAAGCAGCUCCGGUCCUUCCAGCAGGAGAUCUCUCUCACCACAGCGAAGAUAGAGCAGAUCUUCCAGCAGGGGGAGGCUCUAAUGGAGAAGAGCGAGCCUCUGGACGCCGCCGUCAUCGAGGAGGAGCUGGAGGAGCUGCAGAGGUACUGCCAGGAGGUGUUCGGACGGGUGGAGCGCUACUACCGGAAGCUCAUCCGCCUGCCGCUGGCCGACGACGACACCGAGGUCUCGCUCUCGGACCGGGAGCUGGAGCUGGACGAACCGGGCGAUGUGUCCGGGGGUCCGUGGGGUGGGGGGGAGUGCCUGGGAGACGGCUUUCUCUCCCCCCUCCCCUCCUCAGGCCGCUCGGCCUCCCUGGCGGCUCAGCUGCGGGGCGAGCGCUCGGGCCGAGACACGCCGGCCAGCGUGGACUCCAUCCCGCUGGAGUGGGACCACGAUUACGACCUGAGUCGGGGGCUGGAGAGGGAGACACACAGCGAGGAGGGGGACUUCCUGCAUAGAGAUGUAGUGAUCCCAGAGAGCCCGGAGGCCUUUGUUAGAGUUACUCAGCAAACUCUGAGGUCCUCCUCGGGAGAAGCAGCGUCUGCAGACGCCCCCCCGCUGGAGGCCGGUCGCAGCCGGACACCGAGUGGAGCCGAGCAGGACGCCUCGUACCUUGGAUACAUGCGUCUGCUGGGGGAGUGUCGGGGCAGCAUCGACGCGGUGAGGAGGAUGGGCUGUGAGCUGAAGGAGGAGGAGGACGCCGGGUCAGGUCUCGUAGACCCCAGCUCUGAGUCUCAGACCUCAGGAGUGAUCGAGCGCUGGGAGCUGCUACAGGCGCAGGACGUGAGCCGGCAGCUGCGCAGGAAGCAGAGCCAGCAGCAGGAGCAGCAGCUGAACUCAGACCUGCAGAAGGUGUACAGCUGGCUGGGGGGGGCGGAGGAGGAGCUGCAGCAGCAGAGGAGGCUGGAGCUCAGCACCGACAUCCAGGACAUCCAGCAGCGCAUCCUCAAGCUCAAGGAGCUGCAGAAGGCGUACGAUAAGCGGAAGGCCAUCGUUCUGUCGGUGAACCUGUGCAGCUCGGAGUUCCUGCAGCCGGACAGCGAGGAGAGCCGGGAGCUGCAGGCCAGACUGAAGGACAUGAACAACAGCUGGGACCGGCUGGGGGGGACGCUGGAGGAGUGGAGGUCCUCCCUGCAGGGGGCACUCAUGCAGUGCCAGGACUUCCACGAGAUGAGCCACGGCCUGCUGCUGUGGCUGGAGAACAUUGACCGCCGGAGGAACCAGCUGCUGCCCAUCGACCCGGGGAGGGACAGCAACUCCCUGCAGGAGCAGCACAAGACCCUCACGGUGAUCCGUCAGGAGCUGCUGGACUCGCAGCUGAAGGUGUCCUCCCUGCAGGACAUGUCCCUGCAGCUGCUCGUGCACGCUCAGGGCAGCGACUGUCUGGAGGCCAAGGAGAAAGUGCACGUGAUCGGGAACCGGCUGAAGCUGCUGCUGAAGGAGGUGACCCGAGACCUGAGGGAGCUCAGCAAGAUCCUGGAGAUCAGCAGCAGCCAGCAGGAUCUGUCCUCCUGGUCGUCGGCGGAUGAUCUGGACACAUCUGGCUCUCUGAGUCCGGUGUCAGGACGGAGCACGCCGAGCCGCCGCCGCUCGCAGCGGGGCAGUAGUAGGGUUUCAGAGCCGGGAGCCCACCACCACAGGUCUCUCAGCGCCGGUGGAUCCGGUUCCUCCCGUUCUGACCCGGUCGGCUCGAGGUUCUGCAGCUCGUGGUUCCGGCGGGUUCUGAUGGUGGCGCUGCCGCUGCAGUUGCUCCUGCUGUUCCUCCUCAUCCUCAGCUUCCUGCUGCCGCUGACGGAGGAGGACUACUGCGCUCAGUCCAACAACUUCCUGCACUCCUUCUACCCCAUGCUGAGCUACAUCAACGGGCCCCCGCCAGUCUGAUCCCGCAGGGGGGGGGGGGGGGUCCUGCAGAGGGACUGGAACUAGGCUGGAUGUUUGGAGCAGAAACUGAUCUUUGUCCUGCAGAAACUGAUCUUCUUCCUAAAAAACUGAGUGUUUUCCUGCAGAAUUGAUACUUUUCCUGCAAAGCCGGAUGCUAAUCCUGUUCGAUUUGAUCUUGCUCAAUUUUAACCUUGUCCUGCAGAGUGUGAACUUUUUCCUGCAAGAACUUUUGUUUCACGCAGACACUGAUAUCUGUGCUGCAGAAUCUGAACUUUUCCUUCCAGAAUGUUAUCCUUUUCCUGAAAAAUCUGAUAUAAUUCCUGCAUAAAACAGUUCUGAUCUGAGUGUGUAUGAAGUAUGAUCUCCCCUGAUGCAGCCGGAGACGCAGUGAAGACACGAGAGUGACCCGCUGAGAUUUGUCUGUGACUUUAACUCCUAACUCCAAUGUUUGUAAAGACAUGAAUUAUAUCGUUCAUUGCAAUUAUUUUUUUACCUGUUCUUUGGCAUGCAGUUCUGAUCAUUCCCUUCAUUGUGUCUACUUUCACUUAAAUAACAUUGAGAUUAUUUUGUGUUUUUAAUAUCGAAGCCAUUUCCAGAGUUUAACUCCGUCGUCUGUCUUUCUACAUUCCUGCUGUUUUAUUUUCUAAACCAGAUAUAAAAUAAGACUUUAUGAAGACGUAUAGAACUAUUGUAUAUUUUGUAUGACCGUCAGUAUCUCAUGUAUAACAGGAAUAUUUAACAUGUGUAUAACAUGAAUAUGAAAUGUAUGUAUGUUUGAGACUAUCAGAAACAAAGAAUGCCAAAUCCUCAUAAAAUGUGUCUUUUUCUUUCAUUUCUUAAAUAUUUUUUUCAUUUUAUAUGUUUAUACUAAGCUUUUACUAAAAACAGAAAUAAGAAAACA